GUGUGAUUUGUCGCAGUGACAGUGGAAAUUCUGAGUUGAGAAAUUCACUCUCUCUGAUUUGGUUUUCUGAAUUCUGAAUGUGGCAGUUUCUCGUGGCCGCUGUUGUGGCCGGAUCCACUGGCUUCGUUGCCAAACACUUCCUUACGCAAAGAAACGACGUUGAGGUUGAAAACGCCGAUCUCCACGGUCCAAGUUCCUUCGUCUUUUCCGCUUCCGAAAGCACUUCUCAGACGCGCCAACGUCACGGAGUCUUCACGUUUUCCAGUUCCCGAUCUCCCACACAACAAGAUGGACCUAAGAGUCGAAGAUCCCGAGCCUCCAGGAACGGAGUUAGGGUUGAGCUGCGUUCGGCGCAGAGGAGCGGUGGAAGGAGAUUGCGCUUUUGCUUGAAGAAGAACAAAAUUACAAAGAACGUGGCUGCCAAGGCAGAUAACUCCUUGUUUGGUUGGGGACUUUGCAUUGGCAUCAUGUGUAUGAUGUCAGCUGGAAAAGCUGAGAUCAAUAAGCUGAACAAGACCGUGGACGAGACAGCUAAACUUGUUCAGGAACUGAAAGCUGAGAUCAACAGAAGAAAAUCGUCACGCGGUCUUCAAAAUUUAGAUUCUGUUGGCAAUGAUGUGAAGGGCUCUCGCAAAAUCAGUGGCAAGAAUGAAGUAACGCUCAAGAAUACAGUCAGUGAGAUCAGAAACACUGAUGUCAUUAUUUGGAGUCCUGGUGUAAAUGAUUGCGGUGAAUGUGGAAGUAGUGCUCUUACUGAAGAACCAGAACCACAGGUUCUGGAAAUGGAUCAACUGGAAGCAGAGCUUGAGCUUGAACUCCAAAAGCUUUCUGGGUGUACUACUGAUGGCCCUUGCCAUGAAAAAACAAAGCCAAACUUAGAUGAGAUUGAAGCUCCAGAUGAAGGCUGUCAUUUAACAGAUGACUGGAAUUUAAGUUAUUCUAAUUCUCAUGGAGUGUCAGCAUCUGAACUGCAUCAGAAACUAAGCCACUUGCUAAUAAAACAGCAAGAAAAUCAGAUCAUGGAGCUAGAAUCUGAACUGCAGCAAGCUCAAUCAAAUCUGCAUGAGAAGGAAGCUGAACUUCAGGAACUAAAGGACCGUGUCAAACGCCUUACUGAACUCUCACUUUCCACGAUUUCAGAUGAAGAAACUCAGGUUCUCACUGAUCCAAAGGGAACAAGUGAUUAUGGCAACAAUUACAUAGACUCCGAGUUGAAACAUUCAGUAGUUGGGACGAAAAGACCUAUUGAUUUUGAAUCUUGCUUGUGUUACAUGUGAAACGACACUGAUCUCUGGGGGAACAACUACACAAGGGUAGAUAGUAGAUUAGUUGACAACUCCCUUCCACAGUACUAUAACCUAAUUAUCGUGCCUUAAGUGGUAUAUGCAUAAAUUAUUUAGGUAUAUAUAAUUAUAAAAUUUAUCAACUCGGUACUCGGAUACCGAUAUGUAACAUAUUCCAUAAUAUCAAGUUCAAGUUCUUCCGUAUUCAUUUUUAAUACGUGUACUAGCAGUGCAGCCCAUGUUAGUGCUUUUCUAUUAACUAACUAUGAACAUGAGAUUUUUAUUUUUUUUAUAUUAUACUAACAGAUCUGAUUAUUUGA